CAAGCUAGCUGGUCAAGUCAUGUCUAACCUCUCCCUCCAUGACAAUCUACUCAAGAAGAAGGUGGAUUUGCCUUACCUAGGUUGCCAUACCGAGGAUGCAAUGGAUUUCCUGCUUGUGGAGACGCACCAGUUGCUCUACCGCUUCAACUCUUUCCCAUCCAUUGUACAAAAAUUUGGAAUCCCCAUAUCCACGGACAAGAUUGACAAGCUGCGUCUCGUAUCCAGUGCACUUGUGGGCAUCUCGGAGCUUAUCAAAAGGCACAAAUCUGCUGCUGCCAAGGGUUAUGGAGAUCCUUUGGACCGUGCCGGCUGGGAUGCUACCUGGGGAAGCUCGACAGGGACACAUGGUGUCUUUGACGACAUAACGACAUUGAGUCCUAUGCAGUUCACGGCUUACACGCCUGGAAUCAUCCCAUUAUCUUCUGUCCCUGGCCCUGCCUUGCAGAUCUACUCAAUCAAACUCAUUAAGCUCAACCCUAAUCUGAGUUGGCCUAUUGAUGUCUACGGCAUGGUUGCUGUACGGGACGGUUUUGACCACAACCUCAACAUUCUCUUCCGCCGGUCAAGUGCAAACUGCCAAAGAAUUAAGAAAGAGUACCCUUUUUUGCACUUGAUUGGCCCGUCUCGUGCAAUUGUGGCUGGCGAACCUGUUUUGUUUCAAAUUGAACUGAAAUUGAAGUGUGGAGCACAGUUUGAAGAUAAAGCAUCAUUCACUGCCAACCAAAAUUACCACCCCGUCAUGCGGUAUCACGACACCAUGGAGAUCCGCAAUUGCUGUUGUACAGCAAAGAUAAGACUUGGGCGAGUUUCUCCAGCAAUCCAGGCCACAAUUGUAGGUGUUCGUGUGGUUGAAGGGCUGUGGCCUUUUAAGUAUGGAUGUAAAGUUUCUUGCUUGUUUUCUCCUGUUGAUGCAACGAAGGGACGUGCGGAAGAAGUCGUCUUGCUUGACUACCAUGCUAAAAGGAUGUGUGCAGGAUCAGAUGGGUGUCUUUCUUUGUCAAGAAAUGUUGUGUCAGUGGCAAAGCAGGGCACACUUCGAGUCAUCGUUGGAGCUUACUCAAAGUCCGGACUCAACAAAAAUCGAGAAUUUCACGCCGAAUUCCGUAUCCAGGAGUCCCAGACAGAUAGUUGUAGAUGCUCAGUUGAUGGCUCCACAUUGGAGAUAGUUGUAGCUUGGUCUCGCAUUGUCAUGGACAAGUAUGAGCAUGUAUUCGUUGGUUAUUGAAGGUCCAAGCGAGGUAAUGUAAUGGAGAAAAGGUCUAAGAGCUUAUAUGUUAUUAAUUUGGUAAGUCUGAACCAAUAACUAAUUUGUUG